AAACCUUGAGGGGCAUAGCCAGUCAGUUCCAUCACACACGUGCCUGUGUGCCUGCCUGUGCCUGCAGCCACCCUGCAGGCCUUGCCCAGGCAAUCUCGGCUGAUACGGAUUGUUCCUGCCCAUUUAGACAACCAGGAGUCGCUUAUGGAAAACCGUCCCAGUGGAGGGAUAGCUCUUCGGCUGCAAACCACUGGGCUGGGAAACUGCCUUUCCCUUCUGUAGCUGAGGCCCAUUUUGUCAACCAGCUCCCAGAAGAGAAGGAGGUGCGAAAGACUCCACUGUUACCUUAGGACCCUCUUCCUGCCCCCACACUCCUUGGUUCAGCAGCAUCACUAGGGCCUUCCUCCUGCCAGUUGGCUUCCCACUUCCUAAGCAGAGGGAUUUCCUGCUGACCUGGAGCCCAGACUUCACCUCCCCCAAGGGGACUACUUGCCUGCCUUUCACUCAUCUCAAAUGUGGGCCUUGAACCAGGAUGGCUGAGCCCCGCCAGGAGUUCGACGUGAUGGAAGAUCAUGCCCAGGGAGACUAUGCCCUGCAAGACCAUGAGGGCGACAUGGACCCCGGCCUGAAAGAGUCUCCCCUGCAGACCCCGGCCGAUGAUGGAUCUGAGGAACCAGGCUCUGAAACCUCUGAUGCUAAGAGUACUCCGACGGCGGAAGAUGUGACAGCACCCAUAGUGGAUGAGGGAGCCCCCGGUGAGCAGGCAGCCGCUCAGGCCCCCACGGAGAUCCCAGAAGGAACCACAGCUGAAGAAGCAGGCAUUGGUGACACCUCCAACCUGGAAGACCAAGCUGCAGGACACGCGACCCAAGGGCCUGGGAGUGCCAAGGUUGUCCAGGAAACCUUACUCGGGGAGCCGGGCCACCAUGGAGGUGAGGCUGUGGAGCCAGGGACCUCAGGUCUGACCCACCAGCACGCAUCUGACAUGCUCGGGGCCCCCACCCUGCUCGCAGGCCCCAGAGAGGCCUCACGCCAGCCUUCAGGGACAGAACUUGAGGUUGCAGAGGGCAGCCGCCGCAGCUCCGAGCCGCCAGAGUGCCAGCUUUGGGGAGGCCUGCCCCAGGAGGGGCCGCCUCUGAAGGGGGCACAGGGCAAAGAGAGGCAGAGGGGUGAGGAGGUGGAUGAAGACCGGGACAUUGAUGAGUCCUCGCCCCAGGACUCCCCGCCCUCCCAGGUCUCCCCGACCCGAGGCGGGACAGCCCCGCAGGCAGUUUCCGGAGAAGCCCCUGGAACUCCAGGGUCCCCAGCAGGGGGUGCCAUCCCGCUUCCUGUCGAUUUCCUCUCUAAAGCAUCUGCAGAGACCCGGGUCCCGGAGCCCGACGGGCCCAGCGAGGGGUCCCCGGGAGAAGGGCGCGGCGGGUCCCCCGAGUUCACAUUCCACGUGGAAAUCACAGCCAACCUGCAGAAGGAGCAGGGACCCCCCUCGGAGGUGGAUUUGGAAGGGACUGCACUUCCCGGGGCCCCUGGAGAGGAGCAAGAGCCCCGGAGCCCCUCUGAGGGCGAGGACACAAAAAAGACUGAUCUUCCAGAACCUUCUGGAAAGCAGCCUGCAGCUGUUCUGCCAGGGAAGCCCGUCAGCCGGGUGCCUCAACUCAAAGCUCGCAUGGUCAGUAAAGGCAAAGAUGGGACUGGACCUGAUGACAAAAAAACCAAGCCAUCCACACCUUCUUCCGCUAAAACCCUGAAAAAUAGGCCUUGCCUUAGCCCCAAACGCCCCACUCCUGGUAGCUCAGACCCUUUGAUCAAACCCUCCAGCCCUGCCGUGUGCCCAGAGCCAUCUUCCUCUCCUAAACACGUCUCUUCUGUCACACCCCGAACUGGCAGUUCUGGAGCAAAGGAGAUGAAAGUCAAGGGGGCAGAUGGUAAGCCUGGAACGAAGAUCGCCACACCCCGGGGAGCGGCCCCUCCGGGCCAGAAAGGCCAGGCCAACGCCACCCGGAUUCCAGCAAAAACCACUCCCACCCCGAAGACCUCGCCAGGCACUGCGAACAUGCAAGUGCAGAAAAAACCACCCCCUGCAGGGGCAAAAUCUGAGAGAGGUGAAUCUGGGAAGUCCGGGGACCGCAGCGGCUACAGCAGUCCCGGCUCCCCAGGCACUCCGGGCAGCCGCUCCCGCACCCCUUCUCUGCCUACCCCGCCCACCCGGGAGCCCAAGAAGGUGGCGGUGGUCCGCACUCCCCCCAAGUCGCCGUCUGCAGCCAAGAGCCGCCUGCAGGCCGCCCCGGGGCCCAUGCCAGACCUGAAGAACGUCAAGUCCAAAAUCGGCUCCACGGAAAACCUGAAGCACCAGCCAGGAGGCGGCAAGGUGCAGAUAAUUAAUAAGAAGCUGGAUCUUAGCAACGUCCAGUCCAAGUGUGGCUCAAAGGAUAAUAUCAAACACGUGCCAGGAGGCGGCAGUGUGCAAAUAGUCUACAAACCAGUGGAUCUGAGCAAGGUGACCUCCAAGUGUGGCUCAUUAGGCAACAUCCAUCAUAAGCCAGGAGGUGGCCAAGUGGAAGUAAAAUCUGAGAAGCUGGACUUCAAGGACAGAGUCCAGUCGAAGAUUGGGUCCCUGGAUAACAUCACACACGUCCCUGGCGGAGGGAAUAAAAAGAUCGAAACCCACAAGCUGACCUUCCGCGAGAACGCCAAAGCCAAGACCGACCACGGGGCGGAGAUCGUGUACAAGUCACCCGUGGUGUCGGGGGACACGUCCCCCCGGCACCUCAGCAACGUGUCCUCCGCCGGCAGCAUCGACAUGGUGGACUCGCCGCAGCUCGCCACCCUCGCUGACGAGGUGUCCGCCUCCCUGGCCAAGCAGGGUUUGUGAUCAGGCCCCGGGGCGGUCAGUAAUCGUGGAGAGAAGAGAGUGAGAGAGUGUGGAAAAAAAAAGAAUAAUGCUCUGGCCCUUCGCCCUCUGCCCUCCCCCAGCUGCUCCUCACAGAUCAGGUCAUCGGCUCAUCACUAACCUGCUUGUCGCUCAGCUCUGGCUCGGGGCUUCCAAACCAGUGACCGGAACAGAGCCAAGUUCAGCUUUCCAAAUUGAUGGGUGGGCCAAUCCUAAUAAAGUAUUUUUAAAAACGCUCCAAAAGAGGGCCCCACCCAGAACUUCCUUGGGCAGUUACUUUUGAUUCUUUUUUUUUCCCCCUCUGAGCGGAAGAGGGAGAAGGGAGGCUCUGAAAGCUACUUCCGGGGGCUCUCCAGGCCUGGGGGGGUGCCCCAUUCUGGGGGUGUCCCCGAGGCAGCAGUGGCAACAAGGGACUUGCAACUUGGCACAUUGGCGGAGCCACAGGCGCACGGCGGCCUUUGGAGCAGGGCGGGGUGGGCGGGGCCGGGCAGGGGGGCGGGGAGGGAAGGGAGGGGCCUGUGUGGGGAGAGGAAACCGGGGCCUGGCUGGAGGGCAGCCGGCGGGGCACAGCCUCCACCACCCACCGCAGUCUCGGACCAGGCGGAGUCCCGUUCUUGGCGGCUCGGGAUCGGCUGAGGUCCCUACCCUCUGCGGGGAGAAGGGACGGGGCAGGAGAAGGAAGGGGAUGGGAAGGACGUCGUGUGGGUCACCUCCUUGGAGAAGACCACCGAGCGUGGCCUCUUCCUCCUCGCAGGGGUGGGGGGGGUCCUGAGGUGGGGGGCUUCUCUCUGCCCCCUGGAAACCCCGUUUUAUUGAGUUCUGAAGGUGGGAACUACAGCCACGUUUUUGGCCACCUCACAGAUCUGGGACUUAGGGCUAACCAGUUCUCUUUGUAAGGACUUGUGCCUCUUGGGAGCACCUGCCUGUUCCCGAGCCUGGGCCUCCGGUCCUGAACCUCUCCUCCUUCCCACGGCCAUGCAGCCCCCCGUCUGCCCCCGCCACGCCUGUGUGUCUGCCGUGCGGAGCCCGGUCACUGCCUGUCCCCUCACUACGUCACGCUGAGUUCCCCGCCUCACCACCCACCCCUUCUCGGUGAUGGACAUUUUCCGAUGGGGAGACACCUGCUCUCUACCAGGGGGGAAGUCAAGGAGGCCGAGGUCCGGACACCGGGGACCUCCAUCCGGGGACCUCCAUCUCUCUGAGUUAUAGGCAUCCAGCUGUGUCCCUCACAAUGGACCCCACGACCUUACUCAAUUCCCUGCCCCCACCGCCAUCACAGUCACAAGCCAGGGUGGGGUUCGCAGUGACCCUGGAUGUUCAUGCCUUGUCUGGGCCCGGUCCCCAUCCAGUGCCGAGCUGGCAGCAGGCUGGCCAUCCCGGAUGCCAGCGAUGGCACUGGGGCAGGCAGGCAAGGCCCCCAGGGCAGGACCACGCCCCUGCUGUCCCCCACUUCUGCCCCAGCUUGUGACUGCCAGCCUCUCGGAGCCCAGCCGCUGUUCGACCCCAAGUCUGUGUCAUCACCCAAAAAGGGAAACGUGCCCCCUCGGAAGCAGGGUGGUCUGUCCUGGAGCAGCUGAACAUAUACAUAGAUGUCGCCCUCCCCUCCCCGUCCACACCCUGUCGCCUUGUAGUCUGAUUUGUCUGUUUAUGCUUGGAUUCACCAGAGUGACUCUGAUAGUGGAAAAAAAAAAAAAAAAGGACGCAUGUAUCUUGAAAUGUAAAGAGGUUUCUAACCCGCCCUCGUGGGAGUCCUAGGUGUCUCUCACCCCCCAGCGGGACUCAGAUCCAGAAGGCCCACGUGGCUCUCCCAGUUGAUGAAAGAUUUCCGUCAGCAUCAGGGAACCAGCAGAGACCAGAUCCUGACACUGGAGAACCCUCGGCUGUGAACACCUGAAGCCCAGGAGAGGACAGCAGCUCCGGUACCCCCUCCCUGACCCGGGGCUCCCUUCUGUCAGGCAGAGGGCAUGUGUCCUGCGGUGAAGAUAGCCCCGGAGAAGGCCCAUAGCAGCCCCCAGAGAGGGUCAGACAGCUCCCCGCAUCAUCAGUGCCCACUGGGGCAGGGCCUGCAGCCCACCCCUCAGCUCCAAGCUCUCCCUCAGGAAGGACGGUCCAGCCGCCCACUCAGGGCCCUACGGCCACAGGAGGGCCUGGGACGAACGACCGGACCCAGCUUUCUGACGUGGUGACAAGUCAGGAGACACUUGCUGACCCUCUCCUGCCACGGGGACAAGGGAAGCAGCCUUUGUCAAAAUCUGUUUAAAGGAAAUCUCAACCUUGGUCCAGGUCUGCCAUUUCUGGUGUGGGGACAGUCAAAGGCAACCCUGUGGGGCUGGGAGGGUCAGAGUCCGGGGUCGGCUGCUCCGUUUGCAGUCAGAGCGUUCCAUGCCAGGGAUCAUGUGGGCCCCAAACGUCCCCCCACGAGGCUCUCCUCGGCUCUCCGAGUCCCAGCUGGUCUUGGAAGGGUUCUGAGGAAAGAGGAGGAAACGGUGUAAAGAUGUGAGCGAUGUGGCCCCUCCUUACUGCCACCAAUUUUGGCCGCGUUCCUUGCACCCCUCCUUGCCGUCUCGUGUCCGGCUUUCCAAGUACUUCCUUCCCAGAGGGCUCUGGAAUUGCCUGUGUUGGGAUCAGCCUGAAGAUCAUGGUUUAGGUGACCAGGUCAGUUGCAAUCAUGGUUUAGGUGACCAGGUCAGUUGCUAUCGUGGUUUAGGUGAUCAGGUCAGUUGCUGGCAGGGAGUCUGCAAAGGGAUGCUGGCUUGUAACCUUAAAUGAGGACAAUCCCCCCAGAGCUGGCACACCCCUACUCCCGUUUCCUCCGGAGUCGGUGUCCCUCAUCCACCUGGUCCCCUCAAGCUCUCCACUCACUUUAUCAAUAGUUCCAUUUAAAUUGACUUCAGCGGUGAGACCGUAUCCUGUCUGCGAUUGCUUGUUGUGUUCGAGGGGGGAGGGGGGAGGAACCUGUAAGAUAGUUAACCACUGGGCAAAGGGGUACAGUAGUCCGAAGCCUAGUAACUCUCUCUUCGUGAUUUCAACCACGGUGCCAGAAGUCCCUUGGGAUUUCGCCUUUCCACUGACAGGUGCGGCAGGCUGCCAGCUAGUUCUCCUUCCCAGCCAGGUGGUGAGGUUUGUGGAGGAAUCGAGAUCCGGUUGCUGUCCUGCUGCCCUUUUGCAGGGUCCCAAGCCCACAACCCUGCCUCCCAAAGCUGCUUUGAGGCAUCCUUUCCUCAAAGUUAUUGGCACCUCCGUGUCACCUUUCCCACCAGCUCGACACACAGCCUGUACUUCUAACAGCUGCUAAGAUCUUGUCACCCUUUGAUCUCUGUCCUCGGAGGAGAGCAGAGAGAGGCAGGGACGAGGGCAGAGGUGGAGGUCAUCCGCCUGUCCUCUCUACAGAAGUGCGGCUUCAAGAGCCUUCUGGUUUCUGUUUUGAAAAGGGUUUACCCUGGGCACCGACAGUCUCACUCCUACUGGACCGAGCCCCGUGAAUCUGCAGUGUGGGGCAGGACAAUUUCUGGCACUUACAGGUCCCAUGAUUUCUUUGUUAAUUUUGAGGGUGGGGGGAGGGACAUGAAACCAUCUUAGCUUAGCUUCCUGUCUGUGAAUGUCCAUAUCGUGUAUUGUGUGUUUUAACAAAUGAUUUACACUGACUGUUGCUGUAAAAGUGAAUUUGGAAAAUAAAGUUAUUACUCUGAUUAAA